CCUUUAAAGGAGCGCAGUGAUGAGUCGCUGGGUAAGAACGGCCGUGUGCUCCUCAUCGGGAGACCCACUGGCUAUUUAUUUUGUGUCACAUUUCUGUCCUGGUUUUAAUCUGAUGAGACGGUAGAAGAAGAUUUUUAUCGCUACUAAUGGGAUUCACCUUGAUUUGACCCUGAGGAGGAGGUCCUUAAUGCAGGAAUGCAUAUGGAGCUGAAAUGUGAAAAUGCUCAAUUUCAAGGACGCACUCCUUUUUUUUUUUCCUCCGACUAAUGAUUUAUGUUGAGAAAUAGGAUUACGAAGCCAUCGGGUCAAAUCCCGCGUCGUGUGAGACUCGUGGAAUUUUUGCAGUUGAAGACAAGCGGGAGGAAUUAUAAUGGUAUAUGAUGAUUAGACUCCGGGGUUUGGUUAUUUGCGACGCGCGGCGUAGGUUUGCAGUAACGAUGUGAUCAGAUUGGGAUCCCUGGUUUCUCGCUGCGCUGCCUCCCAACACAGUCGCUCACAAUGCCGAGGGCUCUGCGGAGACUGGUCCAUCUGGUGCUGUUCUGUCCUCUGUCCAAAGGUCUGCAGAGUCGUCUCCCAGCCAUUAAGGUGAAGUACCUUCUCCUGGCAUGGCUGGGCAUCCUCAUUGCCAGCUGGGUCAUCUACAUGCAGUAUGCCUCAUACUCUGAACUCUGCCGCGGGCAUGUCUGCCAUAUGGUCAUUUGUGAUCACUACCGGAGGGGCAUAAUAUCAGGCUCGUCCUGCAAGGCGUUGUGCGAUCAGAGAACUCUGACUCUGCAGCACUGCAGGUCCACUUCCUCUACACACCAGGUGUACGGCGGACUGUGGAAGGAGAGAGCCGUUGUGAUCAAGUGUGGGAUUGAGGAUCCGGAGAAGAUUGACGGGGCUCCGGACUCUGUGCUGCGGCGGGAGAUGAGCUUAUUUGACAAACCCACUCGUGGAACCUCAAUGGACGAAUUCAAAGAAAUGCUGCAUAGUUUCCUCAAGGCUAACCUUGGUGAGCAGCCCUCUCUGAGCACCUUGGUGGACAGGGUCAUUACCCUUGCUGAUGUCAACCAGGAUGGCAAAGUGUCUCUAGCAGAGGCCAAGUCUAUCUGGGCUCUUCUCCAGAUCAAUGAGUUCCUUCUGAUGGUGGCGCUGCAGGAGAAGGAGCACACCCCCAAGCUGCUAGGCUUCUGUGGAGACUUGUACGUGACGGAACACGUGGGCCACAGCUCCCUCUACAGGCUCGAGGUGCCUCAUUACCUGGAGGCUCUGGUCCCGGAGGCCCUAAGCUCCAGCCUGAACCACUGGCUCGCACCGGCCUGGCCCCAAAGGGCUCGCAUCACCAUCGGCCUGCUGGAGUUUGUGGAGGAGGUCUUCCACGGGUCCUACGGCAGCUUCUUAAUAUGCGACGCCAGUCCUCGCCACGUGGGCUACAAUGCAAAGUAUGACUGCAAAAUGGCCAACCUGCGCAGUGUGGCAUCUGAGGCGGUUGUGCGGGGACAUCUGAGAGGUCGGCGGUGUGAGACCAACGCAGACUGCACCUUCGGCCGGGACUGCACGGCCACCUGUGAUCGACUGGUGAAGCAGUGUAACACGGAGGUUGUGCAGCCCAAUCUGGCAAAGGUGUGUGUGCUUUUGCAGGACUUUCUGCUCUUUGGAGCACCUUCAGACCUCCGUGGGGAUCUGGAGAAGCAGCUGCGCACCUGUGUGACACUCAGCGGUCUGGCAAGCCAGAUGGAGGUGCACCACUCACUAGUCCUUAACAACCUCAAGACGUUACUGUGGAAGAAAAUUUCAAACACACAGUACUCUUGAAAACCGGUUGAGAUUAUCCGAACCUGUACAUCUACAGAAUGAGUGAACUAUGACAUGGACACAAAGCUUUGCCAAAUGUUUUAGAGGCUGGUGAUUAUUGGUGUAUUUUUGAACUCUACAUUGACUGUGAAUAACAGGAAACUGUGAAACACUGAUUAUACAAUAUGAAACAGCUGAAGAACCAAGACUUUAUUUUUUGUCUUUUGUUUUCUAAUGCGUUAUUUUGAGAAGCACAUUUAUGUUUGGACAUAAUGUUCUCAGGGCACUGCCUAUAACUUUAUCUGUAAAAUAAUCUGCGAGUCAUUUUAGUUCUUAAACUCUUGUCUUUCCCUAUUGAGGCAGAAUGUCAAAUUUGACACGGUGCGAUUUUUGUACAACUGUAAAUAUUGGUGGAGUUUUCUUGUUCCGUGUGUAAAUGAAUCUCCAUGUAAGACACAAAUAACGGAUAGAGUAAUGUGUGUAUACGGUAGCACCGAAAUGUCCCUCCUGGUAUUGAUCUGAUAUCAUUAAUGUAUUGAAAUCGACCCGCACAGAGUUGUAAAUGAUGAUCAGACGUUAAACUUGAAUUAACUUUUAAUCCAUAAAUAAACGUUAGUUGGUUUAAACGA